CCCACCACUCUCGUUCGUCAUCUCUCACGCCUCUCGAUGGCAGCACCAUCAUCUGACGGAGAUCUCUGGGUGUAUCACGAGAAGCAAAUGUCUAGCCUCUGCGGUCAGCACUGCAUUAACAACUUGGUGCAGGCGGCGAGCUAUUCCGCCGCAGACCUGGCGGGCAUCGCCCACGAGCUCGACGAGCAGGAGAGGCAGCACAUGCUGGCUGCGGGCUCCGACACCCCAGACGCGUUGAAGUUUCUGGCGGAAGAAUCUGGAAACGUGGACGCCGCAGGAAAUUUCUCUAUUCAGGUCCUAAACACGGCCCUGAAGCGACUGUACGGGGCGUACCUUGUAUCGGCUGGCAGCGAGAGCGUCGGAAAGCUCAGCACAACGGGAUACGAUGUCGAGGACGCCUUCGUUUUGAACCGACACGCACAUUGGGUGGCCGUGCGCUCUAUCGGAGGGGCAUAUUGGGACCUCAAUUCCAUGCUGGACAAUCCAACGCGAAUCACGACCUUCGCUCUUGAAGCUUACCUGCACCAGCUGCGAGAAGACGGGUACUCGGUUUUCGUUGUAAGGGGGGACGACCUGCCGCCUCCAGCCACGGAGCCCCGCGACGGAUCGAGGGACUGCUGGUACCGCGUAAAGGACUUGCUCGAGGCGUCAAGAGGAGGAAAAGGGUCUGGCGGCGCGUUGAACACGGCGGCCACAGACGUUUGGCUCAACUCCGGUCCCGGGCAGCGCCUAGACGGGGGAACAACCUCCAAGAGUUCGGGAAAAGACGGGCGGGAUAGCGGCGGGGCGGGCAUGACGUCCGCCGAAGACAUGCAGCUCGCGAUGGCGAUCAGCGCUAGCAUGGGCAGCGGCGGGGGUGCUGAGGCGGGGGGCGAGGGGCAGGAUGAGAUGGCCCUUGCCAUGGCGUUGUCGCUAUCGCAAGAGUCAGCGUCGUCAUCGUCAGGCUUAUACAAUCCACAACCGGUACCGGACCUCCAACCAAAUGGCCCGGACGUAGUGCGAGUUCAGCUCCGAGUCGGGGGCAGCCAGAGAGUCGUCCAUAGCUUCAGACGGUCCGAUUCCAUCACGGCGCUUUUUGACGUUGCGGCUCAAGCCCUCGCCAAGGCCGACGGUAAGGCGCUGUCUUCUCCCUUCGACGUGGUGGCGCCAGGAGGACGGGCGCUGCUCAAGGCCGGGGUAAUUGUACCAGGGACCGAUGGGGGCGAUGCAGCAACAGCAGCAAAGCCGGCGGGGGCGGGUGGGGAUGAGAGUGAUGGCGGUGGCCCUACGAUAGGGGUCGGAACAGCUGGGCGGGGCGAGCGUGAUCGUGCGCAGGGCUUAGUGUUUCGGGUGUAGUUUUUUUGUUUGGCGUGGCUGUCACUGGGCAGUUCCGUCCAUGUCUUUGCGGUGUCUCUGUGACACCGUCAUCGCUGCAUGAUUGUUGACAGUCCUGGCAUCAAGGGGGUCGAAUCACGUGGGCGGAUGGCGCAAGACGGCUAAAUAAGGUAGGAUCCAUAUCCAUAGCGUGUGCAAGAUGCUGUGGCAUUGCUGCCGCUGGUCUUCAGGAACACCGGGAUGGGAAUGCUCGCGAAUCAUGGCGGACCAUAGUUGCAGUUCCAGUUGAAGGUUAGCCUAGUUGUGAUUUUGUUGCCGAGGGUACACCAGGUACAAACGCGCCUCCACCGAAAAGAAACUUUAUUUUCGCAACCCUCGCUCCUUAUCUGACUGAUGGGGAAACCAAAUGGGAUUAUACAUUGGUUUUAUUGUGGGUAGGGCUGAAAUUCUUGUCGUGCGAGAUAAGUGGAACUAUAAUUUUGGUUCUCGGGUAAAAUGCCAAAUACAUCGGUGGUGAGACGUUCUGUAGCAACAGACUAUGGCAUGGCCGCUCUCUCGGCGGCAGUGGUGUUCCCAUGUACGAAUUCAAAUGUUGAUGUUGCGAGGAGGCUUUUUGGGCGUGAUAGGUGUCCUCGCUUUAUUUCAUGCCAUGAAAACAAAACAAGCGGAACGGUUUCUGUCGAAUCUGCUCUGGCAAACAUCCGAGGACAGGCUUCGGUAUCGUGCUCCAUCUGGAACACGCUUCUCUCCAUUCUUGUUUGCUGCUGUUUUGGCGAUUUCGACGUGUAUUAUCCGACGCUAGCGGCAGUAUGUCCAUGUCCAGAGACAGCAAAGGCCAAGCAUUGUUUUGCUUCUGAGGACGAUUGAUUCCGCGAAGUGAGCUACAACGUGAUUGGCGCGUUUUUACGCAUCCUGUACUGCCCACUUUUCGUGCACCACAUACAGUAGGGCGCAAGGCAUGUCGAGAAAAGGACCAAAAC